CGUCACUCCCGCUUUGCAUAACCACCGGUCUCGCGUUUUUGAUUGGACCGCUCGCGGGAUUAUAAUCUGCAUGUUUUUUUUAUGACCACCACGCUUCUCCUCCUUUCAAUCUGGACGCCUCCGUCACUCCCCCCCUCCUUCCCCGCCCGGGUCCAUCCUUCAUGAAGGGAAGCAGCCUGCCGCCGCCGCCGCCACCGCCUGCCGCUGCUGCACAAACGUGGAGGAAAGGACACGGAGAGGGACGCUCGCAGCCCCAUUGUUAGUCAGUCUGGGGAAAUUUACGGCUGUGUCGACAUAUUUAGUGCAUUUCGGCUCAGUACUGGAGAGAAGAGAGAUAGAGAGAAGAAAGAGGGAGGGACUGUUUGUUUCUUCACCGGGACAGACGCGGCGGUUAAAAGGUGGGUUUACUCAUUUACUACGUUUGCAACGGUUUCUUCCUCAGACGACAUAAUUUAAGUUACGCUGUGUCACAUUAUCGUUUUAAAAUGUAUUUUAACUGUAACGUCCCUCAUGACAGGUAAAGUCACCCUCUCUUUUUUUCUUCUUGUCUUCUAAAUGAACCAAACAGUACUUGUUUUUUUAAAACCAGACGCCCUCUUUGUAGUGAGAAACGGCCAGUGUGUGUGGCUGGAUGUGAUGAUGGAUGUGAAACGUAAACGUUAGCACGGCACGGUAACGGCUGGGCGGUGAUUUCAACGUGUUUCACUCCCUAAAGCCGUUUAUUUGGUUGCACACUGGUCCAACACCCAGUUGGCAUGCUUCAAGUAGUAUCAGGUUCAAUAUAUCGACCAGCCUCGUGUGUUGCCCUCUCUGCAAGCUGCCACAGUGUACUACUGCUAUUGUUCUGUGAGGCUAAACCGGGCCUUUUGCUAAACCUGCGAGGACUCAGUUUGUUUUUAGAGACAAACGGUGUCAUUAAAGCUCGACAAGAGACUUGGAAAAACACCCAGAAGCUCUUCAGAAAGUGGGGCCCUUGGGGGCUGCCAGGGAUUCUUGGACACUAAACCAACAAAAUAAUCUUUUGACGAUUUUGUAUAGAUUAGAUAUGAAGUACUAAAUGUCCUGGGAAGAGGGGACAUAUGAAAUACCACUCCCAAUUAUUUCUGUUAACUUGGUCACACACCCCUGAUAUAUCAUUAGGUUUUUAUAGGGAUGGGCGAUAUGGACCAAAAGUCAUAUCCCGAUAUAUUUAUGCUGAAUACGAUAUAUAUUCUGAUAUUGUUAUCACAAAGUGAGAUGUUUAGCCACAGUCAAAGCCAAAUAUGACAUGUCACAAGUAGGUCUAUUUAAUCUAUCAGGAUAAAUUUAUGCUCAGCUGUUCAAAAAACAGUAAAAUGUAAAAAUAAAUACAGUAUAUCCACAGGAGUAGCUCCAUAAGGUGCACAUUAAAAUGAAAAAUGUGUCUUAAAUAGAAAUAGCCCUUAAAGUAAAAAUUUAUAUGAGAAAAGCAUCAACAUUUUGACAACUAUAAAUGGCCUAUUAAAAUCAAAUUGCAGAUUUUCUUCCACAGAUGCAAACAACAAACACUACAAAAGAAUUAAAUAUGACAAACCCUAGUAAGAGCUGCAUUUACAUCUAUAAAGACAGAACAAAAUGAAGUGCUCAGUUUAAGAAAAUUGUUCUGAAAAAUCAUUUUGAGAUUACCUAUCGGUCUUUCGGUCUUUCUUAUCUUCUUAGCAGUCUCAACCAGUUGUACAAGACUAUGAACAGACUUAUGAACAUUUCCCCCUCUUUCUUUUUUACUUUAAUAAACAGUCAGCGCUUGAUGUAGACAUUAGAGGACAGACAAGUGUGCCCUUCUUUGUCUAAAGUCAACAACAACACCUCAUAUCUGUACAUUGAUAUGGUCCAAUUCCAUCUCCAGAUAUAUUGAUAUAUUUCUUAUAUCAAUGUAUCGCCGAGUCCUAGGUUUUUAAUAUUCAUGUUGAAGUACAUACACCCAGCAUUCCUUGCUUGCACUCUGAAGUAGUUUCUUGCACUGAUUGCCAUCAUCUGUUUUCAUAUUUGCAGCCCCGCACAUGAAGUGAUCUCAGUUUUGACUUGGCAAGUUGACUAUAAAAAUGGAAGAGUAGUAGAAAGAGCUUAGUGGCAGACCCUCAAAACAGCGUUGUUCGCAGAUUUCAGUGAUAGAGGGAUGCUGUUUUGGCUUGAAGUAUAGGUUACAUAAUCGGUGUGUUUUGGGCUGUGUGGGUGUGGUGGGCAGGGCUUGGAUGUAGGAGCAGUGACACUGGUAUUCAGAGGAGGGUGUUUCCUCUAGAAGACCCUCCUGGUCCUGCUGCCAGAGUGUGUGAGACAUUGCUGAGGAGGUUUUUUUUUUCUGUCACCAGCUUGUGAAGGCAAGUGUGAAUGACACAUGCACAUGGGCUUUCUCUCCCACUUCCUGUUUUUCUGGCCAAGCUCCAAGAGCUUAUUGCUGGAUACUGAUACUAUCAGAUGCAAACUGAGUUUCAGGUUUUUGACUAGGGUAAAUUCCCCUCUGUUGUCUACAAUCAAACGGGUUUUUGCCAUAAGUCAAACAGAAUGUUUGCAUGGAGGCUUUAUAAGUAUUGUAGUAAAAUUUCUUGUGACCGUGUGAGCAAACCAUAAAGUGUUGAAUGCUUGCUUCUAAGAAUAAAUGACUCAAAUUUUUAGGUAAUUUUUUUAAAUUAGUCUGUUGAUGAUAAAACCUGUGCCACUAACUGUGCCUUCAUUGAGGGUAAUGCAUCACAAAACCAUUGUUUACAAAGCAAACAAGUUAAGUAUCUGUUUGGAGGUACACUUUCACGGUGAACCAAUAUUUGAACGCUUAAGAGAUUUAGGAGAGGUAGUUCGAAGGGAGAAAGACUGUACACACAGUUAACAUUCACAGAGCACAUUGAAAUCUGUUUUUAACAGAUUGAAGUUGGUUUAUCCAAUAGUCCAAGUUAAAUUGAACUUUUUAGAAGGCUGUGGGGGCUUGAUUUUUCUCUUGCAUGUAUUACUCAGUCAGUCCAGAGUCCUCUGCAUGCUCCACUGUUUGCAUGUUGGGCUUUGACCCAGAAGUUAAACUGCAACAGAAGCAGCCAGAUAGUCAUCACAAUCUCAGCGUAGGAAGAAGAAGAUGAAAAAGAAACAAGACAAAGAUGUAAAAUAUGUAUAAAAGGUACAGAGCUAUAAAUAGCUAUACAAACAAGUUUGCCUCAUGAACACUUGUUUGUCGAUUGAUUUGGUAUAUAGGUCAACUGAAAGACAGUCCAGCAGUCUAGCUGAAACUUAAUGUACCGGAGGUGGACAUACUUUUGGUAGUAAACCGAUUCUCACCUGGGACAUGGGCAGUUAGUCCUGUAAAAUUGUCUGAUUGAGCUACAUGCUUAACUGUGCAUGUAAAUGUACCAACUGACCUUCUAGUGUGAUGACUCUUUAAGCUAACACAAUCUUGUUUGCCAUUCCCAAGGACUCACACCCUUUUGCUUGAUCAAGCUUUGCGACUUGGACCCUGUGUUUAUAAACCGCACAGCCACUUCCACUCUCCGCACCUCUGUUUCCCCUUCCCCUUCCUAAAAGCUGAAGCAAAGCACAAAAGGAGCUCAGAAUAGCUAUCUCAGUUCACUGAGUGCAUCCCUAAACCUAAAGCAGACCCUAGGGAUCGGACAGGUGGAUGAAGAAGAGAGAAAAUGUUAUGCAGGGAAAAGUUUCCACACUUUAAAUCCCUCUGAACAUGGUGUGUGUCGCAGUCUUAAAGAGAGCAAUGCUUCGGUAGCUAUUACAAACAACUUCUAGCUUAGUUUUCAUUUUUAAGUAUACUUCUAAAGUAGCCUUGUUUUCAGAGUAGCUGUGAGUUGAAACUGUCUCAGUUUUGUCAAGCAUUUCAACUACUACCUAGACUUAUCAACGUGGGCAGAUCUUUGCUUCCCUAAUUAGGAUGGCUAUGGUCAUUAGUGUCAAACUUGACUCAGAGAGAAAGAAUGGGGGUUUACAUUUCAACAUUUGCAAUCAUAUCACGAAACAAAUCUGUACGUUUGUGAGACACCUGUUUAGUUCUUCGCUUAAAUACCUUCAAUACUCUGAAUACUUUCUGCUCUAUCUCUUGAGGACUGUGUCGAAUAACCAUCUGUCAAACAAGUUUUUUCUUUUUUUGUAGUUUGAGUUGACAGGUGUGUGAACAAAACUAGUUUUUGCCUGUCUCUGGAGUCAACUUCCCCGAUCAAACGGCAUGUUAUACUGGCUGUUUGAUACAUCUCAAGGCUGCUGAUUUGGGCUGAUCAUUGAGCAUUGUGUGGGUGAGUGUAAGUGCGUGUGCAUUUGUGAGCAGCUGUAAGAAGUAAUGGUGGUUUUAUGUGUCAGGGUCAGGGGUUAAAAUUUUACCCCCUCUAUGAUCCCACAGCGUGAGAAGAGAGAGUGAUGCCGAAUUUCCUGUUUGGAAUCAGUCGACUUUCUGGGGGGGAAAAGAAGCAUCACGUUGUUCAAGCCAAACGGUCAGCACUUAUAGCCAAUCAGAGGCGUUAAGAUAAGCACAUGAAACUAUGGUAACAACCGUUAGCUUACGUUAGCACAGAUGUAAGCUAAAACAAAGACGUUUAGCAAACUGUUAAAGCACACAAACCAUCGUCAUAUGAGAAAUCCGACGCUAUGACUCUCCACAAUUUGUCCUUCAGGUCGUUAUCUUUGUAAUGUUUGUGUUUUUUAACAAAAAGUACUCUGUUCUCCGACACGUAAACAAUCAGCCGGUCGGCCAUGUUGGAUAUAUCGGUGAAUCUGACGUCGCAACAACACGAAAUCUGAUUGGUCAGGAGUGGACACACAGUCUGCGAAACUUUGGAAAAAUCGACCAUGAUACGAAAAAAUAAAUGCCGCAAUAUCACAGGAUGGGAAAACAUUGCUGAUGUGAACAUUUGUAUUGACAGGAUACGGGUUCGAAAAAAAAUACUGACGUCCGAAAUAAUCACAUGACAAAAAACGGUCCCGGCGUGAAAGGACCUUAAAUCAAAAAUAAGAUGCGGCAUUUUUGCUUAGCUAUUAUUCAAAUUAGUUUCGGUUAAUUCCCUGACAAAUUAUUUUAUCUGUAGUUCUCUCCUGUGAAUUUUUCCACAAUAUGACUGAACUUAAAUCUGUUCAAACUAUUACUUUUUACCUCAGGGGACACUGGCACUUCUCUGCCUGUUCCACGUCUCAGAUGUCACUAAUAACCAGGGUAGCAGAGUGGAAAGCACAACCCCUGUUCAGGGCAGAGCAUUUGCAUCUGUUUAAGAGUCAGCUGCUCUUUACAGCUCGCAACCAGUGUCAGUCUCCAACCCACACCCAUGGAAAUUUAAUCCCAAAUCCUGACGUUCAGGGUUAAACCAUAAUUUAUCAUCCACCCUCCAUGUUUGUCGUGUGUCUUCCAUGUCGCACUUUGCUCUUCAGCUGUGGGAUAAAGAGAUGGUGUGGGGCUGUAGUGUUCGUCAGUGUGGUUUGGAGGCUGGCACUCUCCUGCCCAUUAGGAUAAAGUGGUGCACGCUGGCGCUGCAGUUUCAGGCACUCUGUCUGUCUGGGACGGUGAGACUGGGCUCAGUCAGUGCACUGUAAUUAUUCAAAGAGGAAUUCAGCACUUCAAAAUUCUCUUCGUUCACUUUGGCAACUUUUGAUGGCAACCCUGAGAAACUUUCUGGUAUGCCCAUGAAUGUUUUCAGGUCACAUCCUACCAUUGUAAAAUAACGCUGAGUCUGCAGGUGGUUAAAGAAAAAUAUGGUGGAAUAUAGGUGAAGCUGAAUAUUAGAGAACACACAUACGGUUAAAUUUUUACCAGUGUGCUGACAGUAGCUGCUCUGUGGGAGUUGGAUCUUGCUCUGGCCUCUAUCCUCUCAAAUCUUCUUGCUGAGAAAGAGAGUGCAGUGAAAAUAAGCCAGACAAGGUUGCCCAGUAGAUGUUAUAUCACUAAUUUUGGAGCCACCAUAAGCUUUCCCAUCACUGAAAUGCAAGCUGUUGAAUCCUUGGAUAUUUUUUUACUGAGUCAGCAAGUAGCUUCGUCUUUGUUGGAAAUGCCGCUGUACCCAAAAUAUGAAAACACUUGUUUGGUAAAAGUUGAACUAACCAGAUAAUGAAUAGUUAAAUUACUUGACGGUUGUUACGCCAACAUUUUCUUUUUUUACUCUAACAUAGGGCUGGGCGAUAUGGCCUUAAAUCAAUAUCACAGUAUAUUAAGCAGUUCACCUUGAUAACGAUAAAUGGACGAUAACUACUCAACUAGCUGCUCAGCCCCUCCUACAUUUUAUUUUUUGACACAGGGUAUAUUGUGGUGAACUGCCCAGUAUAUCGUGAUAUUGAUUUGAGCUCAUAUCGCCCAGCUGUAGCAAAACCCACAGAAUGGCUGUAGUAGACCGUUUGGCUGAUUAUCACAGUUAAAGUUUAAAAAAGAGAUAUCUAGUGUGCCCUAUGAUCAGAAGCUUGUACAAUGCACAUGCUAUAGACAUGCUCCCGUAAAGAGAGUGUUUGCAGGCAGUCUUCUUUGCAGAGCUGGGGGUGAAACCUUUCAAUGCAAAAGCGUUGCAUCAGUUUUGUCAUGCUUUGUCUACCUGUCUCAUCUCUGUUGCUGUUUUGCAUUUGCUACUCUCGACCAAGAUGGAGAGGUUAUAAAAAUGGCUUACUCAUCAGAAACCUAGCUCCAGUGAAUGCUUUUCUGCAUCACAGAAAACACAUGCAGUUACGCCACAAUCAAUUUAUCAUUGGCAUCUGAAUCUGCCUAAGACUACAACUUAUUUUGUCAUCAAAUGUUGUAUACAAAUACAAUAUCAGGGAAUUUUUUUCACCCCACCGACCGCUCCUCAUAUCCAACCAGCACAAGUCUUUCCUCCUGUUAACUCUUCCAGUCACAAAAUCCAGUUAUGGAAUUCAAAGUGACAGUCCUGGUGUGUGUUUCACAACAUUCAGGGGUGUGGUUGUGGGUUUGGCUCGCUGUCAGAGAGGCAGGCAUGCGAGAUGCGGGAUCACUGUCCAUCUGGCCCCGUCUCACCCUGCAACAUCGGAGGCCUGGUAACUGAUCCAGCCCCCAGGCUCUCCAUCAUGGUUAUUGACUAUCUGCCUGCUUGUCCAAAGCUAUUUGACUUGUGCUGGCUGGUUUUAUCAAAGAAAGACUAAUGUCAGCCGCCGGCCUUCCAACAACCAAAAAAAAUGAGCAGAAUUACUUACGUCCUUUUUUUUUAAUGUAGAAGUAAUUCUUGGUAAAAUGUCAGCAUGAGAUCGUGUUUCAAUUUUUGUCUUCCCAAACUUCUUCCCUUCUCUUUUAAUAGCUCACAGUGGUUGGAAACAGGAACUAAGAAAUAGAGAAGCGAUAACAGGGGACAAAACGUCUUUGUCAGGAAACUGAUAUGAGUUUGGAACUGUUGUACAACUGCUCUGAAUCUGCUGUAUGACCAUUUCUUUAGCUCCCCUCCUACUUGUCUUUUAUUUUCCUCACGUGUUGCAACACUGAGCCUUAAACACUAUACUGUUCUGAAAAACCAAACCUUACCUACAUCUGAAGCCUCAUAUUGGCUUAUUGAACGUAUUGCAAACAGUCAGUAAAGCGACUGAUGAAAUGUAUGUGAUGUGCUUGUCUUCUGUUAGAAAUUAAUGCCCUCUUUCACUCUGCGCCCAUUAGAUACCCCAGGUACUCGUGGUAGAAGGUCUUUGCACCAGUUGCUCAAUCGCUCCAACUGCACAAGUUAAUCCACUCAAAACCAACCCCCACCCCCCUCAGCACCCUGCUAGAGGGGGUUACGUGGUGCACAGUGCAGACAAUAGGACUUGUCUCCCCACCCUCCCCCUCACAGCGCCCUAAUGUUAUCCUCAGCUAUUCAGGCGAACUCUUAAGACGGUCAUACUUGUUGUAUCCUCCACAUUUGGUUUUAACGCACACGAACACGUGCGAUCAUUCCUCUCCCUGCUUGAUGGGAGCACCUUCCUGACUCCGCUCAGCCUGCUCUCAGCGUGUCCUGGUUGGCAGCAGAGUCUGGCCAGUGCUAUUUGAAAACACUGCCAGCUCUGGAACAGAUUGUAACCCAUUUCCCUGCAGCUUUUUAGACCGGUCUGCUGCCAGUAGCUGCUAGUCCAUCCCUUUGUUUCUGCCACUCCCUUACAGGCUAACUGGCUUAGUCCACUUAGCUUGUAGCCACACUUAACCACCUGCUCCUAAUGGCCUUAUUGAGUAGCUUACAGUCACUUAGCACAUUGUUAGUAUCCCGUAUGGAAUUGAUUAGAGCAAGCUGCACGCUUAACACCAAGCCCCCUGCCUGUCCUGAUUUUUAAAACAACUAUUUUCCCCUUAGUUAACAGUAAAGAUCGUUUUUACCCCAUAAAGCAGAUAGGCAUUGUAUCAGUGUUUUUAAAAGUGAUAUUUAUAUAUUUCAUAGUUGUUGGAGAUUAGACAGCCAGUGGGAAACACCAGGAUCAAUCUGGGUGUUACUUCUUUUUUGGCUUGGAGUACGGUUUGAUCACAGAGGGAUUUUUUUUUGGCUGUCCACUAAGUGUUUUCAUCAAAUGUUAAAACAAGCAGGCAUUGAAGUAAUGUGUGCUGGCAGCCAACAUGAAGAACCAGGAUGGAUUGCACAGUAGCAGCUCUAAACUUAGCCUUCAAAAAAUGAGACGGAAUAUCCAAGUCAGCCAAAAUGCUAAAAAUGUUUUAUAUACUGGACCAUAUAACCCAACAUUUUCUAGAAUUCCAGUUAAAUACUCUUUGACUGCUUAGCCUAGAAAUGGGAUCUAGGGCUGGGUGAUAAACCGAAAAUCUACGCCAAUAACCAACGUCAUUUUGCCCAUAUCGGUAAAAUAGGUGUCAAAGAAAAUAAAAAAAUAAAAGCUGGUUUUGGAUGUGUGUAGGUAGACUAUGGUCUCAUGUUCCUUUAAGAUGCUGUCUUACGUCAGAGACGUGACUCCACCCCAUCCAGUCUGUAACAAAGAGGGAAAGACAGGUGAGGAGGUGGAGGACGGUUUAAAAGUUGUAAAAGCGGCUGAAGUAGACGAAGUUAAUGUGGGAGGGGGUGAGCAGCUUGUGGAGUAGUUAUCGUCCAUUUAUAGUUACCGAGGUGAACUGCUCAGUAUAUCGUGAUAUUGAUUUGAAGCCAUAUCGCCCAGCCCUAGUGUGACCUUAUAUUCCCUGAAGUUAUUCCAGUUAACCAAUUAUUUCAUAUGAUUGCGGCAAUGGCCGAACAACAGAUUUUGUCGCCCUGCUGUGAAGAGACAGCAGGGUGGGCAGUCUGUUUUCAGGUCCAUAGUUUUGGUUUAUUGUGUCUUUAAAGUCUUGUCACACUAUCAUAGUGGACUUGUCAUCAACAUACAAAGUUAUCUUUCCAGGAAUCUAGUUUAUUAGUGCUUCAGGACAUUCGUGAAAAUACACACAGUGCCAGAGGAAUCCUGAUACCACCGAAAUUUCAUGAUUUGUCAAUAAUGAUAAUGACAAGAAUUGCCAAGUUGGCAUUUUUUCCUUGCUGUUUGUAUUUUUGGUAGUAUUUGGAAAGGGUUUGUCCUUUCUUUAACAAUUUAUCACCAUUGUCUGAUUACUUAGAUCUCAGUUGUCACAGAUGUCAUUGCUGAAAAAAAGUAACGUUUCUGGGAUUCAAAUUGUUAAAGGAUUAUUCAGGAGACUUUAAUUUCAAGGUUAAAAAUGUAAUUCAGGUAAUUCACUUGCUCCCAGUUUCAUUGUAACAGGAGAGGAGAGGCCAGCGACUCAGUCAGAAAGAUCAUUUGGGGUUAAUUAAGGUGUCCAGGGUGCCAUUCAUCGUCUUAGCCGUCUUUUCCGGAGUAGACUUUGUAAGCCGUUUCCUUCUCAAACACACAGUUCACAGAAAAAAAAAUCAAAAGGUUCAUUGACAGGCAUGAGGGGGCUGAGAGAGAGAUGCAGUACUGACAAACAGCUUCAGGGCCUGGUUGUUAGGAGGCAAAAGAGAAACCGUCAAUGAAAUCCUGCCUAUGAGAGGUGCACCUUUUGUUUGAGGUUCACUGGUUUAGUUUGGCUUUUUUAUGCCUUUCAAUCCUGAUAGCAGUAUUUUUUUAGGGGUUGUUGGGCAAGACCACCUUAAGCUGUAAGGAUAAAACUUAUUUUAAAGUGUGACAGAUGGUUUUCAAAAGUAGUGUUGGACCACUUCCUUUUCUUCCCAUAUCUGUUUUUUUUCAGCUCUGUUGUCCCGCUGUGUUAUUGUCUGUUUUGUACAGAAUGAAUUGAAUGAAUGGUUGUUGUAUUGUAGCCAGUCAUCUCCUGCAGGGUUGAAUAAUGAAUUGAAAAAAAGUAUUUCCUUGUUCCUUGUUCUCUUUUAAUACAUAACUAUAAUGUAACCCAUGACCUGUUUGGGGUGGCAGAGGACUGUCAUUGAUACAAGGUAAGCCUGAGCACCCCACAGCCAGCAGAACACUGCACCAUAAGUCAAUAAUCCAAUAGCUGUGCUGCACAGACACUGAUAACUGCUGACAAGCUGCAUCAUCCUUCAUUCAAUUGAUGUUAAUUGGAUGUUUCUAACCUUUGCAAGCCGUCACCAUCAUUUUCAGACAGAUCAUAGUCGAUAGUGAAGUCGCCAAGUGAGCUCUUAACUUCACAAGACUUAUUUUGCCCUUUUUUUUAUCACUUUCAAAAACGUAAGGCAAAAAAGGUACCGUAUUAUUACGAUACUUUGGCAACAAUAUGAUAUUAUUGCGAUUUUUAACAUUUUGCAAUACAAUGAGUAUUGCGAUACAAUAUAUUGCGAUUUAUAUGAUAUGUUUUAUUUUCACCUAGCACAUCUUGCAAACCUUUAUAUAUAUUUGUUGUAUUAACUUUCCCCUGGUCUAUGAUGUCUCCUCUGCCAACCUCACAGGACAAACAGCUAAUUUAAUUUUUCCAUUAUCAUAGAUCUGACUUCAUAUUAGCGAUUAAUUUAAAAAUCGAUUCUUGGUAAUUGAGAUGAUACGAUAUCCCAACAGACAAAAUAUCGCGAUACUAUGCUGUAUCGAUUUUUUUCCUCCCACCCCUACAAGGUAGAGAGGGCGAUGUUUGCAGUUUGUACACGUGUGAGUUUGAAGGGAGUAACAUGAAGGCCUGCUGACACUCCAGUUGUGUGAUUGAGUCUUGUUAAUGUGCUUUUACUGCUUCAUAUAUUUAUAAACUUUAGGUUCAUCCUCUGCGGGUGUGCUUUAAACAGUUUUCCAAGAACAGGUUGAAUCUCCCUCGUUUCUCUGUGAGAACUAAACACUGUGAUAGAGCAGAAACAACACUGCUGCCUUGUAUGGUCAGAUGAAGCAGUAGGCUUUUACACAGCCUUCCAUGUCUCUGAAACAAUCAACAUAUCAACUUUUGCGAUUGUUUUCAGAUUUUUCACGCCAUAAAGACUGACCCAGUAAAUGUUUAAAGGUUUUAUCAAACAAGUGCCAAUCGUUGAGCGCAAGUGAACAACCUUAGGAAAACCCCUUUCUUUCCUUAGCACCAUAAAACCUCUUGUUUGCCCCUUCUCACUGACUCACAGUUGCUUGUGCACACACACACGUUUGAAUCCGCUCUCAAAAUGAAUACUGCCUGUGUUUUUUCCUGUGUACGUGCCUAUCCCUCAAGCACACGCCAAAGGAAAGUUAAUAAACAAACAGGCAGAGGCCCUUCGUAUCUCAUUUGUAAACACAGCCAUACCCUACUCUGCUAACACCACCUGCUAAUCACUACCAGAUCUGACUGCAGCCAUGGUCAAGUUCACAGCUCAGUGAUCAUGCUCUAAAGUCUAAAGGUGAGACUCGAGUCAUGAUACACUGUUGAAUCAAGCUGUGAGUCACCUUUUUCAGGUUUUACCUUUUUGUCUACCUGCUUAUAAAACCACCCAAAUGGCAUUUUCAUGUCAUGAACACUUAGGUCUCACACACUUUAACUCUCUUGAGGGCACACAGACUUCCUGUCUUUGACCCUUUCACUCCCUGUGACCUACUCAGCCCCUCCCUCCACUUACAUACACAGCCAGCUGUCACUGUUUUGCCCCAAGGAAGGUGAGGGAGUCAGCAGUGCUGGAAUGUGGAUGGUUUAGAUGUGAUCUUGAUACCACUGAAGCUGAAGGCAUGCACAAGCUACCAUGAAUCAUCUCAGAGAAAAUUAACUUUUUUACAGAGAUUGGAAAAUUGAAACUUUGCUGAUGGCAAGUUUCCCACAUAACAGGGUUUCUAGUCAGAGAUCAUCUUUAUUACCAAUAACUACAGAUGUCCUGAUACAGCUUUUUUACUUCUGAGACAAUACCAAUAUUGAAGCCUUCAGUAUCGGUUGAUACUGAUAUUGAUCCGAUAUUGGCUCAAACUUGUGCAUGACAAGUUUUGCACUCAGUUGUAACGUCUUUUUCAGACUUAACCAAAAAAUACUGCCACACGGCCGAUAUCACUCCUACUCCUUGCUAUUUUGUUAGUACUUUAGUACACACUAUUGUCAUGAUCAAGUGUACUCUGCAUGCUGGAUCCGGGCGCUGCUAGACAGAGGUACUGGAGUCGAGUCUGGAAUGGACUGUUUGUAUUGGAGAACUGAUAUUGGAGAUUUUAGAUGCAGGUCGAUAUAAUCCGAUAUUCGCUUUUUUGCUAUUCUAGGACUGGUUUCUGAUAUCAUCAUUGUGCUGAUAUCUGAGAUUUUAGAUGCACGUCGGUAUAAUCCGAUAUUUACUUUUUGCUAUCAGACCGAUAUCUGAUAUCAAUAUCUGCUGAUAUCGGAGAUUUUAGAUGCAGGUAGAUAAUUUCCAAUAUUUGCUUUUUUGCUGAUAUCGGACCAAUAUAAAUAUCAAUAUCAAUAUCAGAUUGGGACAUCCCUACAAAUAAUUAAACCAUUCAUAUUCUGUUAGAUUAAAGUUGUUUUUCUCUCAAUGAAUUAAUUAUAACUAAUUAAAAUAAGCACACAAAGAGGAAUUAGACCUUUAUAUUAGCUGAUAUGCUACUCGAGUUUUUCUUCACUUGCAGUUGAGAUGCACAUUCAGUCUUUUACACACCCGAAUGAAUUGCCUUUUUUGUGUUUUACAUUUGCAGACAGCAGUUUGAGGUAAAUCCACAGAUGUUAUUAAGCCCCCCUUCACCACUGCUGUCAUCAGUCUACACACAAUGCAUACUGAACCCCUGCCAUGCUAUAAACACAACUAAAUCCCCCUCCGUGUGUAUUAGACACGGUAUUAAAAGUGACCCAUUUUGUCAGGCCCCACGUCUUAUGUCUGGGAGUGUAGAGUGAGAGAAUGUAAGAUGGGAUAUGACAGAUGUAAUUAAACUGCCUCAAGACAGAGGUCGCCUAAGAUUUAAUGACACACGGGGCCAUAUUUUUGUAUUAGUAGAAGCGGAGAAUGUAAAUACCACAGAGGCCAUUGGGUUCCUCCUCCGUCUAGACAGACUCCCCCUGACAAUCCUGCAAAGUGAUGGCUUUCUUUAUAAACACACACUCCUCCCUUGCCUGCUUGGCCCACACUGAACUUUUUUCUGCUUUUGUUUCCGUCAUCACAAACUUGCAGCACAUUGUAAUUGUCACCGUGGACAUUGAGCUGAUUAGUGAUAGUGAAAAUGUGGAGCUAGCUAUAAAGACGGCAUGUUGAAUAUGCUUUUAAAUCUUCAGCUAAACAGCUUUUGUUAUGCAAAUGAAGCUGAAGUGAUGGACAGACAAUGAAGGGUGUUUUUUCUGUUCAUCAAAAUGAGUGAAGCUGUUCAUCUUAAGCAGGCAGACCUUUUGAAUAAUGCUGUUAUAUUCGUGCAGUCAUUCUAACAACAUCAUAUCUGGAUGUCUGGCCUCACACUUGCUUUAGAGGUGGGAACACCACGCAGAAUCCCCAAUCUCUUCCCCGUUUUUGGAUAUGUGAACAAGCAUGUGAUUUAGUAAAACAUUGCUUAUUCAUGUCUAUGCUCGGGAUUUUACUGAUCCAUUCACUUCCCCUUCAUUCUGCGUCACACAGUGUCAGCUGGUCGGAGAUGAUGCUUUUUAUUUGCCCAGGAGGGGGUCAGCAACAUGAGGAAUGUGAUUCACUCUGGUGUAUGCUAAGCCCCUGGCAUUGAUAGCUGGACUGGCAAAACUGUGCCACGCCAUGCGCAGUGCCAGUCUGCCCGCCUCCCUGCCUGCCUGGCUGCUCAUUCUGAUUGAAGAAGCUCAUUCCUGUCAAAAUAAACCAGGCGGCUCAUAUUGAUGAGGAAUAGCAGAUUUGACCUGCUGGGACGCCUCUUUUUACAACACGUAAACCAGUGAUGAACCAAAGCCGUUACAGAUUUGUGCUAUUUAAAUUUAGCUUUGGAGUGUAUGGCUCUCAAUUUGCUAAAAGCUUUAAACCCAACCUAUUCACUAAACUGAGGGACAAUAAUGGAUUUUGUUUACCCAACAACAUCCUGAAGGUUCUCUGCACAUUAGCUAAUUGAUCCCCCCCAAAUAAAGCCUGAUAUUUCCCAACCCAAACACACUGUAGUGUCGGUUGGCAGGCUACGUCUCGCUUUCUCGCCUUCUUUCCUGUGUGAGAUUUGUAACCAGAGAGACCAAACAAGAACCAGAAAGACGACAGGAGGCAGCAUGUAUAAAAGUGCCUUGAAGGCGACUGCUGAGUCCAGAUUGUAAUUCUUCUAAAGCUGGACCGAAAGGGUAGGACCCGGUUAUUCUCCACAAGAGAUCAGAGGGUCUUGGCGCUGUGUAUAGAGGUAUGGGUGUUUGUGUCGGGUGUACAGGGUGGUGAAUUCAGGAGUUAUCCACAUAAACUGCCCUAACAAGUUAUUCCUGGCUGGGCAUCAGACUGAUUCUUGAUUUGUCUUUUGCUUUUUAAGACAUAGCUAUUUUUAAUCCAGGCCCCAAGGGUUGAGACCCAUAGGGACCUUUUUACAAUGUUAAUUUCAGAUAAUUUAACUCAUCUUGCAACAGUUUCUGUUACCUCAGAUGUAAAUUUGUAACUGGCAUGGCAUUUUUCGUUAUCAAGGUGAACUGCUCAAUAUAUCGUGAUAUUGUUUUGAGGCCAUAUUGCUCAGCCCUAAGAUGUGGUCAUUGAUGUUUUUUUUGCUUUUGAACUUCAAAAAGACACAUCACUGAUGAUUUCAGCCUGUUUGUUAACCUAUGUAAAACUCUAAAAUGUUAGUUAAAGGUGUUCCAGGAUACUGUAGCCCUUAAACUGGGCUAAUUAAUGGUCAGCCAAUCAGUUUUUAAACGAGAUGGCCAAAAAUUGGAGAUAGGGCUGGGCGAUUUGGCCUCAAAUCAAUAUCAAGAUAUAUUGACCAUUUCACCUCGUUAACGAUAAAUGGACGAUAAUACUCCACAAGCUGCUCACCCCCUCCCAUAUUAACGUUGUCUACUCUACUCCAACUAUUGAACCGUCCUCCAUCUCCUCACCAGUCUUUCCCUCUUUGUUAUGGACUCGAUGGGGUGGAGUCACAUCUUUUGACGUAGGACAGCGUCUUAGAGGGACAUGAGACAAUAGCCUACCGACACACCCAGAACCAACUUUUAGUUAUUUUUUUUUAAUACAGAAUAUACAGAUAUGGGCAAAAUGACUUCAGUUAUUGUCAUAAAUUUCGGGAUUGGUAAAUUUUUGGUUUAUCGCCCAGCCCUAAUUGGGGAGCAGGUUGGCUGAUGGCUUUUAUAUAGCGCCAUUAACACUGUGGUGUUGUUUUUCAGGAUUUAACAAAGUACAACAACUUGUAAUUGUAGCACCAAAUGAGAAACAAAACGCCUGGUAAUAUUUUAUGAUGAUUGCCUAUGUGGAGCAGAAUUAUUCUGCACACCACAACAGAACUUGCACUGUGCACUCGCCAGUGACUGUUUUACAUUUGAAAUGCUGCAAUUACGAUGGUAGAACGUACCAAACAUGGUAUUGUCCGGAAAAGAUGUCAGUGGCUGAGGAAGUUCAGGCUGAAUUGAGGAAAUGAGGUGGUGCAACAACAAAGCUUUUUACUCCAUUUAGGUUGAAAAUCAGAUGAACAAGGCCAAAAUAUAUGAUCCAAUCCUAUCGACUUUGUGCUCGCUCAAACAUUAGUUUGUUAAACCAGUCCUUGUUUUCCUGCCAGCAUUCAUUUUGUUUCACUACUUCCUUAUCUUCACAUAAAUCUUUGGUCUUAUCCUGUCCUGCUCUUUAUUUUUCAGCGUCCUCCUCCUCCUCAGUCCAUCUCUUUCACAGCUAUGUUUCCAGGGUCAUACAGAGCCUCUGCUGGCUGGGCCAUCUGUGCAGCAGUUUACUGGAAGCAGAUCUAUGAAUUGUGGGAGGAGGGGAGGACGUGACCAAGGAGUUGAGGGGAACAAGUAGCUAUUGGAAAAAAAAGAGAGGGGUAUUUGAGAGGGGGUGGGGUAAAGCUCUUCUGGUCAGAGGGGCAAAGGAAUGAGGAGUGUGGGUGAGUGGGGUGAUCAGGGUCUGGGGAAAGGGAAAUUGAUUCAGGUGUGUAUUGAAAAUCCACAUAUGAUUUUUCUCAUAAUUCAACCACAGCUUCUCGUUUUACGUAAAUUUCUCUUAUUCCAUGAGUUCUGUCAAUUAAGAAAUCUCCAGCACACAAAUCUUUAUGAAGAAUUUACACAAUGACAUAAUCAAGCCCAUCUGCAUCUCCUCAGCAGAGAAGACAAUAGCCUGUAAAUGAGCCAUUUGGUGGUGAUUUUCCACCCCCUCCCUAUCCCUCAUCCUCUGUGGUCCUCUGUGGUCUGUGUGUCAUGUUAGGAGAUUGUGAAUUUUUUGGCUUCCAGUGCACCAAACCACAGCCUUUUCCCCUUUUAAAAUUCAAGAUGCUUGAAGCCAUUUGGAGUCACAAGUAAUCCAUUUUAUUUCUGCCUCAUAAAACGGGCCAAUAGACGAGUCCAAGUUUCUUUAGUUCUGUCAUUUUAACAGUGAUUCCUGAUUCAUAUUAGUGUGGCAGGAUUAUCAUGAUGGUUCUGUCAUGAGGGAAAAGAUUAUUGGUGUGUCUUGCAGCCCAUUUCCUUUUUUUUAGAUUUCCUCAAUUCCUUUGAGGCCCAUCACCUUAUAUCGCGUUUCCUUUGGACAGUAACUCCUUUAACAUAUGACUUUAUGUUAAGUGCCGAAUAGGUAAGAAAAAAACAGCCUUGUAAUUUGUUUUUGUUUUUCUUUUGCAGGGCACUAAAGUUUGAGAGGAACUGGCUUUUCAAGACGAGUGCGAGUCCUUUGCCCUUGUCAGAAACAACAGCAAGUUGGUAUCCACACCUUAGGAGGAGGUGAUGAAACCGGAUGGGGUUAAUAUGGAAACCACAGAGCCCACUGAAGCUGCAGCAGAAGCAGAGCACUCCCCAUUGCAGGAAAACAUACAAGAGCAAGCCCCACUGCAACCAGGGGAGGCUGCCAAUGACGCAGCCCCCGGACCGGCGCCGAAGGCCAAUGGGAAGCCGGUGGCAGCAGACCCCAAGGCAAAACCAAAAGCUUUUGCCACUAAAAUGCAGGUCACAGCCAAGUCAGCAGGGGCUUCUCGACAAGUAACCACCUCCCAGCGCACAGCUAAUGAUGUCAAAUCCUCCAACAACGUUUCUGCAGCUGCAGCCAGGAAAACAACGACAACAACUGCAAAAGCCUCAGCAGCAGCAGGGGCUGCAUCCAAAAGAGCAGUAGGUGCUGCAGCUGUGUCCACAACAGUCAAGAACCAAACCAGAAUGCAGGACAGGAAGCCUGCUGGAGCAGCCAGGACUACCACUGCAGCAGCUGCUACAGUUACAAACGGUACAAAACCAACUACAGCAAAUGGGAACCCCAACAGGAGACCAGUGGCUGAGACUGUUAGACCCAAGACCACAGGUAAAACUCAACAUCAGUCUUUGAUUUGCAUCUUUUGUCCCUUUUUUGAUUUUCACGUCUUAUUUUCACAUCCUCUUACUUUUCCUUCACAGUGACUGCCAGCAGACCAGCAGCUUCCACUGCCCCAAAACCCAGCACUUUGGCCACGACAAAACCUGCUGCUACUGCUACUGGUGCCAUUUCAAAGACCACCAGGUAUGCACGCCUUUAAUGGACCUUCAAGAUUUCCUGGCAAUAACACCAUCCUCCUCCCGUCUUGUAUUGUCUCUGUCUCGCUUUUGUACGGACCUUCCCUCCUCUGUGGGGUCUGGACUUUGGUUUCCCCCCUUGCAGAGAGAAAGAGAGGCUGACUUUGUUCAUCUUGAUGCCCUGAAAGCGAGCAAUUGAGAAGAUUGUCCAUUGUGAGGUUUUGACCGUUACUUAGUCAGAUUUCGCUUCAGGAGCGUGAGUUAUGUCAGUAGAAAUUUGGUCUUAAUGGAGGCAGCGAUACUGAAGAACUACGGCUUUGUCCUGCUCGGGCCCCCAGGCAGAAACCAGCUCAACCCCCCCAGGAGGGAUCUAUUGACUUGGAUAAUAAUCCCUCUUACAUUGAGCUAGUGGUUUAGACAGAGAGUGUUGACUGCUCACAGAUGCACUGCCUUUUUUAACCAUGAAGUGUUUUAUCAGAAUAAAAAAAAAAUUAACCAGGUAAAAUAAAAACUUAAAAAGCUGCUAAUGAUUAUUCUUAGCUUGUAUAAAAAACAAAAACUAAAGAGACAUUGUGUGGAUCCAAGUUUCAAAGUUGAUAAAAGCAAAAAAUAUUUGUGUAGAUAAAAACAAUCUGACUCUAAAGACUAAAGAAGGUCAAAUUCAUAAUACACCAGUUAACAUCUUUCCACAGGAUGUGGCGUUCUGUGCUGGGAAGUAUAAUUGAAUCCUCUCUGCGCUUGUCUUCCCUCUUGAUGAUCACUGAUUAAUUUAAGGAUCGGCGUGCUGCUCUGUCCUCAUUGAGUUCCUGAGGUAGAACAGGACCUUUCCACUCUCUCUGUGCAUUGAGAAAUCAAAGAAAAACAAACUGAGAGCACCAAACAGUUUUUAAACCUUUAAUUUAUUAAUUAAAUUCUGAAUUAUAGUGAUUAUAAUUAUCGUGAAGAGCACUAAAAAGACAGGGGUGUAGUCGUAUACUAGACUGAUUGUUUCAGCAAACGAGAUCAACGAGUGGUGUUUCUUGAUACACCUUUGUGUGUGUGUUGGUGCGACCGUCCUAUGAAUUAAUCAGAGGAAGCAUUUUAAGUGGAGGAGUCUGAUUACAGUAGCACGUCACCCUUGUGUAAACAGUUUCUGUUCCCCGAAACACGACAUCAGGCGCUUACCGACAGGAGAACAGAGGCAGGUGUAUGACCCUGUGAAAGAUGAUGUGUGGUGCCUUUCAUGCCAUGGCAAAGUCAGCGGCAUGUCAGAUUCUUUGUGCAGCAACAGUAGUAGUGGUGUGUCUUUCAGUCAGUUUUGGUGUAGUCCACAGCAAUGCCAACUGAUCUGAUACGAAGCUGCCUCUCCCUGCCUUAAGUCACCACUCUUGGCUGGUUUCUGUAAAGCAUUCGGAGCUAGCAUGAGCUACUUCCAGUUCUUUUCUCAUUUCAAAAUUAAAGCAUGUGUUUCAAAAUAAAGGCAUAAUAUACAAUUUUACUGCAAAUGAAUAUCAGUUCUAAAUAUCAGUUAUCAGUUUCCUUGAUUUCUAAUAAUCUGUAUCUGUAUUGGCCCUAAAAAAGACAUAUCGGUCGAUCCUUACUAAGGAUCCUUACAGGUUUUCACAUUAAUCAAUGAUAUAAAAAUGCAGGAAGGGAGGAGUAACGUGCACAUUUUUUCACUCAGACUCCAGGGCAUGUUACUCUUGAGGGCUUUCAACUGUAAAAUUUCGAAAGAUACUGGAUCCAUACUGAACACAGUCAUGUUUGUUUCAGGCUUUUUCUCAGUAUGUAACUAAGAAAGACACACUUAGGCUAGAUUCACAACCCAUCUGAAUGACAGAAGGAUAUCUCUCUUGAUAACUGUAGAGGAAGCUGAAGGUUUUAAAAUCUGGCACCUGCUCUUCUCGGUUCUCGGCCAACGAUGGGUUAUGGUGUCCUUGCACCGUCCGAGCAAUCUGUCUCUGUCCACCCCAACCCCCCUCCUUCAAUCUUCCUCUUCUUUUCCCUCGUCACUUUUCACUGCCGUCUGUGCAUGUACAUUUCUGGGCAUUUGGCCAGGAUCUCCUCAAGCUCUCCUCAGAGCUCAUCUCCCAUCCAGUCGCACCCGUCUUUCUAAUUCAUUCAUCAUUUAGUUGAGUAGAGACAGAGGAAAUUCAGGGUGGUGUUGUGUAAUAUGAGAGGGACAGCAAUUAUGCAUUUAUUGUGUUGAAGCAUCUGAUUAGUUCCAAAAGAGUCACUGUUGGGAAUGGACAGAUUUACUUAUGGGUAAUAUUUAGGACUUUCUGUGAAGACUAUUUGUUAUUAUUCAAGUACUCUGAAUUAACAUGGCCUGGUGUGGAGAAUGGCUUGUUUGUGCCUCAUACUCUCUUCUGAUUUCAAAUCUCAUCCUUUUGUCCCUCCCAAUAACUUCAGGGUCGUCCCAUUGCAGAUAAAACUGUCAUUUCUCACAGGCAGCCUUGGCAGGGUGCAGGAUUACUGUCGUAACAGCAAAGGCCCGUGGCAUCUAUCACAGUGACAGUGUGUGCCUAGGGCCUAAGGAGCUGCUCUGCCUGCCUACCGGGGUAUUGCUAGGCUGCAACACUUCAUCUAAACACUCCACUGACCUGAUUCAGACCUCCUUUCUUCAGUGUCAAGGAGAUAACUACGGGGUCUGCACACACCUUAGGAAUGUGCGCCCUUCUCGAGACACAGUAAAGCAGCUGGUUUUAGACAGAAUACGAGCCAAACAUGGAUAUGUUCGGGUGCUUGAUUUAGUUUUUGUUUUUCUGGAAGGGAUCCUUGAAGGAGUCAGGACUAGAGGAGAGUGAGGAGAUAAAGGAAGUGUGCACGGCCUUUUAUUUGUAGGGUAAGUGUUCUGCUGCAGGGACAAAGGGAACCUCCUGACUGAGCUGUUCUCUGUUUAUAGCUCUAUUAGAACAGAAUGGUUUAAUCUACAGGAUGGGAAUGAGGAUGCCAAGGGACCCUAGCCUCCCAGCUGAACGCUCUAUACACUAAUUUUUGGCCAAACAGAUGUUGCAGUCGCCCAGCAUGCUGCUCUGUUUGCAUCUGCAGUCAAGGUUUGUGCACAGUGACAAUAAGCAGGCUGUAAAAUCUCAGUCUCUGUGACUUGCCCCCGUGCUGACCUCUGCCCUGAAGAGGACCUUGUGUCUGGUCUUUAAAACCUUGUUAGUUGGCUGUUUAGUGCCCCUCAUCCGUCCUUUGGGCUGUGAUUUGUAUUGAUUUUAACCUUCUGCUUGCAGGAAAUGUAAUCCAUACAAAUACUCCCAACAGCCACCACCCACAGGCAAUGUGUAGAGUACAAGCAUUAGUGGGUCUCUCUCUGUCUUCCCUGUGGAUCAAACCUUAGUGCUAUGAUUCAUCGUUAAACGUAGAAGGGAGGGCUUGGGUUGGACCAUGUUUGUGACCUCCCUUUUAGUCUGCUCCAUUCCCGUUCCUUGAAUAUCAUCUUCUCUCAGUUCAACUUUUCAGCCUUCAGUAGAGAGAGGAAUUCAGUAAAUUUGACUUUUCUUUAUUCCCUUGUUAAGUAUGUACUCAUUUAUUUUCCCCUUGUUGUAAAUCAUUGUUCAACAUUAAGUUCAACCACAAUGCCUGACAAACUUUCCAGUUUUUAGGCCGCUUUACAACCCAAAUCCUCUGAUGGCGGCCAAUUAUAAGUUCGCCCUUCAAGUCCAUGCCUGUAAUGUGGUUUUCUGAUCUUCUGGAAACAAAUGGUCAUUUGUGAUGGUUAUUGUAAUGUGGGAGAGGCAUCUGUGAGCUGGCAUGCUACACUGCUGAGAGUCAGGCACUGUGUCUUUGUCGAUUCAUGUCUACAACCUCUUCCAUAUCUGCAGAGCUACUGCAGGAGAUGAUCUAAUGGAGAUUGUUGUAAUUGGUUGUGGGGCCAGAGAGUUCUCCAAGCCAAUUACAUUCAAUUGUACCACUCAUUAUACUGACUAAGAGAGGUUUCUCUAUUUGGAGCACAUGUCGUACAGUGCCUUGGUUUUUUUAAUGUUUUUUAUGCAUCAGGGUUCAAGUGUGAAAACGAGGGCUUGCACUGCCGGUGGCUGACGACUCAUUUUAACUCACUGCCUUUGUUUGAAGGCUAGCCAAUGAGAUAAGGCACUGGAGCACAGAUUAAGUCAAAUUCUUGGAGCCUCAUGGGUAAAUGUGGAGAUUUCACACAGCUAAGUAUAGUGCAGCAUAAGUAACAUUCUGAGUCUGAUGCACACGCCACUGACACUCAUUAUUACUGGCAAUUAAAUACAAUUCUUAAAUCUGCAAUCUUGAGUGAGCUGCAAUAUUUCUGCAUAUCCAAAAGAUGAGGACGCUGGAAUAUCCCUUUAACUCCACUGACCUGGUAUGUCAUAUCUGACGAAUAGAUUUGCGUUUGUAAUUCCCUCUAAGUGUGUACUUCUGAUUCUGCAGCUCCAUCAAGACAGGCAUGUUGCUCAUGACACAGGGAUUGCAGCAUUUCAGGUUCGAGUUCAAAAGCCUCUUUAAAACACCGCAAGGCUUUAAAGAACUCUUGAUACACUUCAUUGUACAGUGUUCAGUGUGUGGAGCAUAGUUUUUUCCACUUUGAAAUUGAUUAAAUGUGUUAGUUUGAGCACAGUGAUGGCAGGUAUCUGGGCAUUAGAUUAGUUUAAUGGUUAUCUUUUUGAAUAAAGACAAACCAAGCAGAACUACUUCUCAUCGUCGACCUUCUCCAUCAUGCAUCUUUACACGAUGAAUCAUUUUGGAGGUCUGAUUAAAGACGAGAGCUGUUUUGGAAAAGGAGUUUUGUAAGUUGCAGUUGUGCUGACUCAGCGGAUUUGUGGACUGUCACAAAAGGUGGCUCCAAGGCUUAAAAAGGGGUUGAUUUUUCGGGUAGUGUUUAUUCCCCUUCUCUCACAUUACUCAGUGUUUUGCUAAAUAUUACCCCUUUUAUUCCUGGUUGCUUUCCUUUUGUAUUGUCUUCAGCAAUUUCAUUUCUUUUUUUGUUCUGCUCUCUUUUCAGUUUUCCAUGUAAACCCCUUAGCUCCUCCAGCUCAAUCCCUCCCUGCUUCUAUGUUUGUUUCCAUAUGUUUCAUCUCCCCCUACUCUGUGUUACAUAUUUCCUCCCCCGCCCUUUCACCUCCUUUUUCAAUCUUUGCAUUUUUCUUCGCCAUCCUCCUCCUCAUUCUGCCCUGUCCUCACCUCCUGGGGAGUGAUUGGAGAGUGAAGGAGUCAUUACCAUUUGGCAACAGAUGGUUAGCACUGUGCUAAUGGGGUUCCCACUGUUGAGAUUGUUUUGCUGGUUUACAUUAGAACAUGUCAAUUAUUUAUGCUGUAAAUGCAAGUAGAGACGGGGCUGAAGAUGGCAUGAAAAAUGCAUAUAGUGUAAAUAAGGAGUAUAAAGCAAUGGCCCGCAGAGUGAGGGAUUGGAUUUGAUACAUUUUUGUGCAUGUACAAAUCUUCUGUUCACUUUGCUAUCUCUAAAGAGGUUUUCUACAACCCCAACAAGGUCAUUAUAGAUAACUUUACAUCAGACCAUAGGGCUGGGUGAUAUGGCCUCAAAUCAAUAUGACGAUAUUUUGAGCAGUUCACCUUGAUAACGAUAAAUGGACGAUAACUACUCCAUUAGCUGCUCACCCCCUCCCAUAUUAACUUUGUCUACUUCAGCCGCUACAGCUUUUGAAUCGUCCUCCAUCUCCUUACGUAGGACAGCGUCUUAAAGGGACAUGAGACCCCAGCCUACCUACACACAACCAAAACCAACUUUUAUUUAUUCAUUUAUUUUGACACUGAAUAUAUUGACAUGGGCAAAAUGACAUCGCUUAUUGUCGUAAAUGUCUCUAUCGUUAAAUUUUUGGUUUAUCGCCCAGCCCUAGUUGUCAGAGUCAAGUAUGAAGGCAAAAAAAUCUAGAAAACUUUUUGGAAUUUCCUCCUGUGGGACUAAUAAAGGUAUGUCUUAAAAAAUCAGAAAUAAAAGCGAAUUGACAAAAAAGUGAUCAAGUUGGCAUGAACUAGAAUCCCUGUUUGUGUUUUCCCCUCUGUGUUUCUGUGCUCUCUGAACAUGUAUUUCUUUUUUCUCCAGGCCUGCUACAGCUCCCUCAACUUUCCGACCUACUAACACCACAUCCAGACCCACAUCCACCACCAACAAGCCUCCUACCACUACAGCUGCCAAAACAGCUGCUUCCAGAACCACCACAGCACCAUCUACUGGCAGGACCACAGCAGCACAGACUUCCAAAACGGCUGCUGCUGCUGCUGCUAAGAAAGGUCAGAAGCUUCUCAUUGUCUGGCACUGAGGCACAGCUUUUAAGUACAUUUAAUGUCUUUAGUUUAAGACAGGAAAAGUGACCAGCCUUAGAUGUACGAUCAAAAAUGCUGACAAAAAAAUAUUUCAAAAACUUAGUGUGUCUGUAGAGGUGUUAUACACUGAGUUGUAGUGAUUGAUUCCAAGAGUUGAAGAAGUUUUCAUGAUCCUUAAUUUGUUGAUUGUGUUUUAUCUUUUCCCCAGAUGUAUCUCGACCACCUCCUGCUGCAGUUGCCAAGAAACUGUCAACAAAUACAGCGUCCUCUGCUAUCAAAAAAACGGAGUCCGUCAAACCCACAGCCUCUGUAAAGCAGAACUCUGCCUCCAAACUGUCCACCACAACAACAAAGGCGGCUGACCCCAAACUCCAACCCAAAACCAAACCCCCUACAAAAUCUGCUCCUGCCAAGAAACCUGUAGCUGCUGAUCGCUUCCCUGCCAUCAACAAGACACCCAUUGGCCGUACCCCACCAGCAUCUCCUGCAAACAAACCUACACCUAAACGUGGCGCCAUCAAACCAACUCAGGCUGUCCCCCCUUUCACUGCCAAGAAAACAGGGGUCCCAAGUACCGCUCCACCUGAUGCAGCAACACAGAGCGCUGCUGCUGGUGCUGGUGCAGCAGUAGCAACAGUAGCAGCUGCCGCAGCAGCAGCAGCCGUGUUGGCAGAACCCCAAGUAGAAGCUGCAGCGUCUCUUCCACAAGGAUCAUCUUCUGAAAUAGAGGAGGCUCCUCCUUCAGUCUUGACUCAGGAUAUCACACCAGAGGUACCUCAAGAGAUGGUUCAAAGCCAUGUAGCUUCUCCUACUCAAAGCCUUGUCCGUACGUCUCCUAUGCAGGAGCAGGUGGAGAGCAGUGCUCCUGUAUUAGCAAGCGAAGAGCAGAUCCCUUCCCCAGCUGAGCCUGCAGCACCACCUGUGGCCUCCUCUGCAGACCUCCCUAAGGAGUCUGUUUACCCGUUUACAGACCAAACGUCCUCCACAUGUAAAGCCCCCCCAGCAGGAGCAACUUCCACCCCACCGAUUGUUUCUCACACCAAUCUAAAUGAGGAGGAGGACGAAGAAGAGAGGGAGGGUAGCCAGCUGGUGUCUGUGUCUGAAAUGAGUGGAACCACUCAGCCCACAGAGGAGUCUCGUCCUGGGUCUGCAGGACUUGUAGGGGGGUCUGCUUGGAGAGCCAGUGGCGCCUUGCUCUCUGAACUGGACUCAGAGGAGGUGAGUGGCAGCCAGCAGGGCGCGUCCGAACUGAGCGCCCCUGGAGUCCUUGAGGGCACAGAGAGCAUGGACGACCUCGGAGACGGCAGCCUAAAAGGUGCGAUCGACAUGGAGGGAGCCUCGGCGGGCUCGCCUGACUUUGAGAAAGUUCCCGACAUUCCAGUGAAUGACUUUGAUGAGGACGAGGAAGACGAUGACGACGAUGAUCGCGUGUGCGACAUGGAUGUGGGCUCAGAGCGGGCUGAUGAACCACAGAGACCCAGGCAUGACAACGACGUGGAUGAUGAUGAGGAUGAAGAUGUAGAGAUGGCUAGUGAGGGGGUGACGGAGAGUGGGCUGGAGAGCUAUGGGAAUGCGGAUGAGGAUGACUUUGCCGAAGACGAACGACUCGACAACUUGAACAGAGUCGCUCAGCCGCCCCCGCCCCCACCUCUGCUGCCCUCCGCUCCUGCUGCUCAGUGGGACCAACCGAACCCCUUCGCUGAUCCCUGGGCUGAACCUCUGCAGCCACAGCAGGUUCUUGAAAAUGUCCUCCAGCCUCUACAGGUAGCAGGAGCAGCUGCAACCAGCCCUCUGGCAGACUCCUGGCAAGCCGACUCUGAAACCCCAACUCAGACCCCGGCACACGCCUGGCUGGAACUCGGCACAAGUCCUUUUGUUCCUGAAAACCAAAAGGUUUCCAAUGAGUGCUCCGCUCAAGAUGAGCCACAUAAUUCAGAGGCUAGGUUAUACCUGGAUCAGUCCAGCCCAGCACACAUGCAGACCCUGGCCCCAGCUCCCCUCUCUGCCCCCGGGAUGUCUCUGUCAAGCACCCUGAGCAGCGAGACAAGCACACCUGAGGAGCUGGGUGAACUGGUGAAGCCCCAGACUCAAGAUGCAGAAGCUGCAGAGCUUUCCCCUCAGCCAGAUCAGGAUCUGGGCAUCUUUUUGGAGAAAGGAGACCAGGAAGGAGAUGAGGAGGCUGAGGCAGUAACCCUACCCGCUGAUGAAGUCCUGGGAGGGCCUGCCACCGCCCCUACCUCCAACCCCUCUUCAUCUUCGGUCACAGAGGAUGAAGCAAGCGACACAGAAGGAGAGGCCCAGUUAGAUGAUUCGUUGGAGGCUCCAGCGAUCAGCAGCAUCACCUUUGACAGCCAGUCUCUAGCCCGGCGCUGUCUGUCCACUGUUGAGGAGGGGGAGGAGGCCGAAGUGAGUGCCGCUGCUGGUGAAGACACCACCCCACCUUCAGCUACAUCACUGGCAUCUUACGGCUUCGACACGAUGACCACAGCUUCGAACUCCAACGCCCAGUCCACGGGGGAAAGCUGCAUCAAGAGUCCCGGCAUCUUCUCCCUGGAGGAGCUGUCCGAGGAAGCCAAAGAGCCUUUCCUUAUCCCGCAGCCUCACACUCAGCUCGCAGAGCAGCAGUACAUCGAGUGUGGAAAGCUGGAAGCAGAGUCCUCCGAGCAGGUCAGAAAGGAAGAGGAACCCCUGGACCCUCCAUCUAUUCCCAUCACUCAGCAGCAAUCAGAGGAAAACCCUGACGACAUCCAGCCUCCAUAUUAUUCUGCUAUCUGUGAAAAGACUGAGAACUCUUACACAGGUAACGUAUAAUUCAUCAUCUCCCUAACAGCCCAAGUAAUGUCCUUUGGUUCCCCCUGACCUUGUCUCAAUGUUAGCAAAAGUUCUUCCUGGCGUAGUUCUCGUUGUUGGUGUUUAUCCUGAAUUCUCUGGGGGUGGACUCGAAAAAAUAAAAAAAUAAAAAAAAUACAGAGAGCAAAAAAAGGGGAAGAAAUCAAAAGAGGACAGCAGUGGUACUCCCCUCUGAUAUAACAUUUCCAUGUUGAGUAUGUGGCUUAAAUUCCUGUAUGUGCAAUAGCUGCUAGUAUUUACUCUCGAUGUAUGAGCGUGCCCGGGUUUUGGUUUCUGUUUUAUUUAACGCAGAACUUUGUGGUUGACCUGGACCGGCAUGGAUUUGACUUGUCUGUUUACAGUUCUUAAAAAGGGAAAACAAUCAUGCAUAUCAAAAGAAAUACAAAUGGAGUGUUGAACAUGUUUUCAUGUGUAUUUAUCAUACUUUUUACUGAACUGCAGUGUUAACAGAAAAAGGAGUUUUCAUUGUAUAUUCCUGUUUGAUUUUUGCUCUUUCAUUAUGACACAGGCUUUUUUCCUUAACCCCUAUCACUCCUCAUCUCUUCUUGCACUUUAAAUUGUAACCUAGCUUCUUUUUGUGUUUAUCCAUCUUUUGGAGAAAAAAAAAUGAACCUUAAAACUUUAAAUAAAGAUUAGAUUUUUACCAUGAGUCACUCUCUGAUCCUACAGUUUUAUUUAAAAGGGAAUUUGAAAGUGGAGUGUUAUUAGGGCUGGGCGAUAUGGCCUCAAAUCAAUAUCACGAUGUAUCGAGCAGUUCACCUCGAUAACGAUGAAUGGACGAUAACUACUCCACAAGCUGCUCACCCCCUCCAACAUUAAGUUCGUCUACUUCAGCCGCUACAACUAUUGAACCGUCCUCCAUCUCCUCGGCUGUCUUUCCCUCUUUGUUACGGACUGGAUGGGGUGGAGUCACGUCUUAGAGGAAGUACAGCGUCUUAAAGUGACAUGUGACCAUAGCCUACCUACACACAUCCAAAACCAACUUUUAUUUAUUUAUUUAUUUUUUGAUGCAGAAUAUACCGAUAUGGGAAAAAUGAUGUUGGUUAUUAUCGUAAAUUUCUGUAUCGGUAAAUUUUCUACUGGUUGGUCUAAGUUUUAUUUAUUUUGACAUCGAAUAUAUUGACAUGGGCAAAAUGACUGGUUAUUGUCAUAAAUUUUGGUAUCUGUAAAUAUUCGGUUGAUCGCCCAGCUCUAACUGUUGUAAUGAAAGAAGUUUCACUUAGUCGACCAACAAGCCCCACUGACUCUUAUUGCUGCACUCCUACAACAUACUCACACAGAUACUCUCACAUGCAUUCUUUUGGAAACGACACAAACUGUUGAACUUCAGCGUCUCCUCAUCUGUCCUGAAAACUACUGGACUGAAUUCGCAGCCAUCUUCUCACCUGCGGAUUGACCUUCAUCUGAAGCAGCAACACCUCAACGUCUCAACGUAAAGCCAUGAAGUUACAAACCGACUCACUCUUCUGCUACUUUAAUCUCCCUUCAGUCCACUGUGGGUGUUUUGCUGUUUCACCUCUCCUCUUGUACCUUUUUUUUUUUUUUUAAAGCAUUCUUGCUGCACUGAUCCACAGCACUGUAAUGAUGUUAACUUAAGCUUAUGCAUGUCACCGUUGCACAAACUUCAUGAAAUUUACUUUGGAUUGUUUUGUCGAGGGUCAGCCUGAUAGCUUGGCGGUAGAAAUUAAUGUAUCGUAACAAUGUUUACUGUUACUUCUUCUAAAGCCAAGCUAUUAAGUUUUCUUGUGUUGCUGAAUGUCUUUACAUGCAUGUUGAGCUUUUGCAUGUAUCGGCGGUUGACUAACUAAGAACUCCACACAUGGGUGAUUUGCAGUAAGCUUAAAUCUGGUUAGGUAUGUCUCACCAUGGUUGAUAGUGAUUGCAUAUACAGGAAGACGGCUGCUUUUUUGCUUUUAAAAACAAGAAAAAAACGUUAUUUGGUAGUUGUCACAGUAAAAAAAAUCUUUCAGUUUGCACAUUUGCUCUCUGCAGAAAUUUUCCAAACCACCACCCCCAGUCACCUCACUUUUGGUCACUAUAUUCUGGUGUGUUCACACUUGUAAUACUUAACAGGCUCCUUUUCGUCACUGUUGCACAGCUUUCACACGAUGUCCUCCUGUCACUAAGUACAAAGUUUCACAAUUUGCCUGUCAGUUGGGCUACUCUGCAGACUUUUGCUUCAAAUUGCUUCUAAUUUUUCUUUCUUGAGUAUGAACCUCUGAAGGCUGUCCCCCUUUUCCUUUACACCUUUCUGCUUAUACUCAUACUGCACUGCUGUAUCUGUUCUGCCUGUCACUUAUUUUAUAACUUCAAGCGACUGUAAUCUUCCUUCCCACUUCCUCUCACACACAGGCUUCACUGCACUACCCCACCCUCACCGCCGCGAUCACGCAGCCUACCCCAGAGCCUACUGUGACAUCAUCAAACCUCACACGACUGCUACCGCCACCCCAAAACUGACGUGCGCUGACCUCCCGCCCAGAAGCCUUGGGCAGCAGGCCUUGAGCCCGCAGCUCCGCAGGCUGGAGCAGCACCAGAGACAGCUGACGGAGCUGCAGAACCGCAGGGAGCAGCAGAGCAGGCCACUGGAGGAGGCGGAGCAGGAGAGGAAGAGGAGGGAGGAGGAGGAGCAAAGGCGAAAGAAGGACGAGGCUGAAGAGGAAAUAAAAAGGAAUAAAGAGGAGUUGGCAGCGGCAGAAAUGAAGAAAGAAGAAGAGGAAAAGGUAAGGAAAGAGAAGGAGCUGAAGCAGAGGAGAGAUCUGGAGCUGCAGCUGCAGCAGCAACAAGAGGAGCUGAAGCAGAGACAGCAAAUCAUGCAGUGGCAACAAGAGCUGCAGCAGACUAAUAAAGGUCAGACAGUGCUGCUGUCCCCAUCCUCUGGUCUGUGCACCAUCUACGAAGCCCUGGAGAACAGCGAUGAAGAGGAAGGUGGAGAAGAUGGAAUAAAAGACCUAAAUCUUGUCAAGAAGAAGAGACAGAACAAGGGAGAGAGAUUGAAGGUGAAGGAUGACAGCUGUGAAAGGGGCACGUCAGAAAAUGACCAACAUCAAGACAUUUCACUGUCCAUAGAGGACACUCCUCCUCCUCCUCCUCCUCGCCCAGACUCCCCUCAGACUCCCAGCACCAACAUUCAGGAGGAGGAAAGCCUCCCUUCUCUUCCUCCUGAGUCUCCAGAACGGCCUCCACCGCUGGAACUGGACUGGGGGAAGAAAGUGGACAUAGUACAGCAGCUGAUCAAUCAGACCUUAAUGCUGAACAGAGACGGCUGCUCCUCCCUGCUGUUGCUGCCAGGAGGUGCAGGAGGAACACUGAGCCCACUGGAGAGCAGCCUGUGGCCCAGCCUGCUGCCUCCUCUCACCCCUCCUUCUGCCACAGUCACCUCUGUUAGUAGUUUCUCCCCAGAGGCCACUGGGAGCUCCCCUCAGGGGGAGUGGACAGUGGUAGAACUGGAGACACAUCACUGAGAAAUGUCAGUGUGUGAUUUUACUCGCACACUUUAAAAUCAACAUCUUAAGUACUGUGAAGACAAAUGCACAACACUCACACUGGGAGGGUUAGGUUCUGUCAAAUACGCACAAAUUGUAGUGGUACUCCUAGGAGAAGCAAAACCACAACCAGGGUGUCACACACAUUUAGAGCAGCCUGUGCACACAAAUACGCAGACUUCUAUUUACUUAAACAGACUGUUUUAGGAUCAAUUUUAAGAUGAGCAGCAAAAAAAAACAACCAACCACUAAGAGAAAUCUGUAGACAGCAGUAUGAAUCAGUGUCUUACGAAAAACGAUUAGGACCACAAAGAGAAAAAAGAAAAUACAGAGGGGAGAUUAAAGUCGAAAUUUCAAGAUUAAAGUUGAAAUUUCGAGAUAACAAAAUGUCGAAAUGUUGUGAGUAAUGUUGAAAUUUUGAGAUUAAAAAAAAAAUGAUUAGAUGAAAUUUCAAGAUUAAAAAAUGUUGUGAAUCUUGUCAAAAUUUCAAGAUUUAAAAAAUUUAAUGUCAAUAAAAUCAAAUUUUCAAGAUUAAAAAUCAACAUCUCAAGAUUUUGAGAUAAAAAAAAUCAAAAUGAUGUUAGUCAAAAUUUUGAGAUUAAAAAUUGAAAAAUUUCAACUUUAAUCUUAAAAUGGAAAUUAAAAAAAUCUCCCUCCUGUAAUUAUUUUUCUCUCUUCUUGUGGCCCUAAUCCUCUUCCGUAGUGUCUGGUCAGGAAAAAAGUUUAAAAAAAAGUUAAAAGUUCAUGUUCAUUCCUGCAAAACUGUUCUUUCAGCUGUUUGGAGGAAAAAAAACAACCAGCUCAUUGAAUUUUGUCGUAGUGUCACAGAAGUUUAUAAGAUCAGAGAAGUUAUUUUUAUACGGUCCAGCCUUGUCAUCAGACUCAAAGAUGAAACUUGUGGUGCUGUAAAUCAGUGGUUCUCAAACAAAUCACGCUGAUGAAAUUAGGAGGGGUUAUGAGACAAGUCGUAGGUAGAGGAGAAGAAAAGAUAUUUUUGCUGCCUAACAUUGUUAUAUUUUCAGAUUUCUGUCCUUUUUUUUAUUUUGCUUCUAAACUACUGAAAAAGUUUAAACUACUGAAUAAACAGACCAUCAGAAUUAUAAGUCUUAAGAUGAAAUAAAGAAGAUAAACAGAGAUCCAUUUCACAGGGUAACUGAUUUUGAAGUUGGGAACCACUUGCGUACGCAUAGAUGAUAGAAACAGGGAUUUAAACCACUGAAAUAAGCAAACAUCAGUGCCUAGAGCUGCUUCACUUCAGUUGCUUCUCAAAUCAUUCAUAGAAAAAAAAAAAUUCGCCCAAAUUUGAGACUUGCAUGUAGCUCUUAUUUUUCUGUCGAUAUUGAAGUUUACCUAAAUGAGCACAGGUUUUUCCACACUGUUCAGUUUGUAGCUUUAUGCUGAAUAUUUUGUUAUUUUAGAUGAGGGUGUUGAAAUGUCUUCCCCAGUUUAUGAAGGGACUGCUGAAACGUCAUGCACCUCAGGGUUGGUUUAGGUUGUUACCUGAGGGACUCUCCUGCUGCUGCUGCUGCAGUGAGAACCUGCUUUUUCAGAAAUUCAAGAACACCAAACACAGCCCGACACCGCAGCGAAACUCUGCACCCCAUUCACGUCACACUUGAUAUCCUACACCUCUGCGAGCACAGACUCAGUACCGCCACUAUAAACACACACCUGAGUGCAGACAGGAUCCCAUGACUCCCCACUGUUACCCACUACAGGGUUAAAACUCAACACACACAGACACACACCCAAAGCGAGAUGGUUUCUGUCAAUCGAAGAACAAAUGACAGGUAGUUAGUUGUUUACUUUGUGUUUCUCACCUGUAGCUCACACACCAUUUCCUCUUUAUAUGAAGAAUACACUGGAAAAACCCAUUGGCUCUACUACUGAAUACACAACUGCUAGUUUAGUGUUUUUUUUUUGUUGGUGUGAUAUUUAUUUUGUCUUAAAAUAUCUUUGCAAAUAGAGGACAGAAGAUCAUCACAUCUUUGGACAUCCUCAGGCUUCACUUUCCGGGUCUUUUCUUACCAAAGUUGAGUUCAACAUGUGGGCAGUUGCCUUUUCACAACAGGAGUCAUAAUUCGGGUGUCUGAUACCUUUUUGUUCUUGUUUUGGGAUGUGUAAUCCUACUUCUCUCCCGAGGUUCAGACAACUUCCUGUAUAUAAAGAUUGAUGACUCAUCUCUUCCUCUCCUGUUGAGCUAUCCACCUUAUUUCUUACUACUACUUCCGGUGCAUCACCGGAAGUUGCGCCCAUAAUCGAUUCUCCAUUAGCGCCCCCAAGAAUAAGGUGGAUAGUGGAGCUAGAUCCCCCCUUGCAACUAUCACCGCCAUCUUGCACAUUUUAAGGAUAGGCUCUUGGGGCUGAAGCAUAUUUGUUUGCAUGGAGGCAGGUAGGCUUUGAGGGGGAUGAGAUUUGGCUUUACUGAUGUGGAGCUGUCAUGUCCACCUUUUUUUUUUACAGCUUAUGAUUUAGAAACAGAUUAUAGACAGUUGAUCCAUCAUCACAGGACAAGUUAUUAUUCUGGAUUUUACCGAUAUCGCUGUGAAAGCCAGGAGUCACUUUAAAAUGGGAUUAGAAAGAAGAGUAUUAAAAAGGAGAAAGAGAUAAGUGUGCAUUAUCAGGUUAUUUUACUUUUUUUUUUUUUUACUAUUAUUUUGGAAACUGUGAUGAUGUGUGGUACUGAAGUGCAUGUGUCUAACUUGGUCUAAAUGUUCAUAUUUGUGUGUUAAUGUCAGUGUCAUGUAUUUGUCUGUUUCGCUUUUAAGGCUUCAUGUUGAGUUUCUUUGUACUAUCAGUUUAUAAUAUGAAGGUUUUCGGGGCAGCUUCUUUCACGGUCAAAUUUCACUGGAAAGCACAAAGGUUUAGAAAUACAAAAAGCCUGCAGUGUUUUGAAGAUUAUAUUCAAAGCUGUGAGAGAACUAUGAAGUUGAAGACAAUUUGUGUCUGGUCCUUUAGCUAAGCAGAUUCUUUACGGUUCUUUUAGGAUCACCUUUUUGGUUGUUAGCUUUCUUAACAAAGCCUCUGUAGCAGCUGAAAAGCAACCAAGUCUACGUUUUCAGACUCUCCGGGGGGGGGGGGGAUUAGCUUUCGGCAGUUUUUGUCAAAGCUGGACUUCUUGAGCACACUUCUUUUGUCUUGUUGUUUGUGAGCUUUUAUGUGAAUAUUGUUUUAAAGGACUGCUCACUGUAAGGAAGAGAAACCCAACUCUGAUUCUUUAAUUUUGUACUUGAGAGAUUUAGGAGUAUGAUAAGCCCUUAAGAGUCAUAUAAAGAUUUUUAUUGGAAAGAGAGUGAAGGACGUUGGUUGUAAAUGUUAGAUUUUAAUCUUUGCUAUAAGUUAAAUGCCUUUUUUCUUCAUGUUCAGAUUGAUUAGCUGAAUUGUAUCCAAGACAAAGGAGUGUGCAAGCAAAAUGGGACUGUUAUAAAAUCUUAAAUUUUGGUUUAAUUUAUUAAAAAAUGAAGUGAGGCCUGUGAAUUGAAGUAAAAGGGCACUCAGUCAUGGCAGCUUGUUAAAAUGUCAAGUUUUCCUUGAGUACUUACACUUCUGAGAGACAAACUUCUGUGAUUGUGUGUAAUUAUUCAAUGCAAUCUUUUGUGUAAAUAAAAUAAUUUUUAGUAACA